GGUCACGUGGGAGCCCUGCAUGCGGCGAUUGGCGGAGGGGUUCAGGGGCGGGGCGCGAGGCCCUGAGAGGUUCCGUGCCCCUUGUCGGGCCGCUUGUUUGGCUGCUGCCGUCACCUCAUGGCGACGCGGGUAGAGGAGGCUGCGCGGGGAAGAGGCGGCGGCGCCGAGGAGGCAGUUGAGGCCGGACGGGGCGGACGGCGACGCAGCCCGCGGCAGAAGUUUGUGAUUGGCACAAUGGAAGAAGCUGGAAUGUGCGGGCUCGGGGUGAAAGCGGAUAUGCUGCAUAACUCUCAGUCCAAUGAUAUUCUUCAACAUCAAGACGCUCACUGUGGUGGUACAAGUAACAAGCAUUCUUUGGAAGAGGAUGCACGCAGUGACUUUAUAACAAAGAGCAGGAGUUUGGUGAGCCCGGCGUACUGCACACGGGAGUCACGGGAGGAAAUUCCCGGGCGAGAGGCUCGAACAGAUCCCCCUGAUGGCCAGCAGGAUUCAGAGUGCAGCAGGAGCAAAGACAAAGCCUUAGGAAAAGAAGUCUUAUUAUUGAUGCAAGCCCUAAACACUCUUUCAACUCCAGAAGAGAAGCUGGCAGCUCUCUGUAAGAAAUAUGCUGAUCUUCUGGAGGAGAGCAGGAACGUUCAGAAGCAAAUGAAGAUUCUGCAGAAGAAGCAAGCCCAGAUCAUGAAAGAGAAAGUUCAUUUGCAGAGUGAACACAGCAAGGCUAUCUUGGCAAGAAGCAAGCUCGAGUCUCUUUGCAGGGAACUUCAGCGUCACAAUAAGACGUUAAAGGAAGAAAAUAUGCAGCAGGCCAGAGAGGAGGAAGAAAGACGAAAAGAAGCCACUGCACACUUCCAAAUCACUUUGAAUGAAAUCCAGGCCCAGCUGGAGCAACAUGACAUGCACAACGCCAAGCUCCGCCAGGAGAACAUCGAGCUGGGCGAGAAGCUGAAGAAGCUCAUUGAGCAGUACGCGCUGCGGGAGGAGCACAUUGAUAAAGUAUUCAAGCAUAAGGAACUGCAGCAACAACUUGUGGACGCCAAACUGCAGCAGACGACACAGCUGAUAAAAGAAGCUGAUGAGAAACAUCAGAGAGAGCGAGAGUUUUUAUUAAAAGAAGCAACGGAAUCAAGACACAAAUAUGAACAAAUGAAACAACAAGAAAUACAACUAAAACAGCAGCUUUCUCUUUAUAUGGAUAAGUUUGAAGAAUUCCAGACUACCAUGGCAAAAAGCAAUGAACUGUUUACAACCUUCCGGCAGGAAAUGGAAAAGAUGACAAAGAAAAUUAAAAAACUGGAAAAAGAAACAAUCGUAUGGCGGACCAAGUGGGAAAACAAUAACAAAGCACUUCUGCAAAUGGCUGAAGAGAAAACUGUCCGAGAUAAAGAGUACAAGGCCUUUCAAAUAAAACUGGAACGGCUGGAGAAGCUGUGCCGGGCUCUGCAGACAGAGAGGAACGAGCUCAACGAGAAGGUGGAGGUGCUGAAGGAGCAGGUGUCCGGGAGGGCGGCAGGUGGAGGCCCAGUGCCACCCGAGGCCCAGCCCUGCGCCACCUCGGCUCCUCCCGAGGAGUCCGGUGCCACCUGGCAGAGUGCCGCCCGGGUUAUCCCUGAGGCCGGGUCCCUGGGAGCCGGGCCCGGCAUCGAGUCAGUUGACUGAGACCAAGUAUGAUCACUGUAUUGAGAGCUCUAUUUUGUGUAUAACUUCCUCUGUUAGUAGUAACUUGGUUUUGUGGUGAAAAUUUUCUUACUUUUUCUACCAUAUCUGUAUUUUCUUAGAACUACUGGACUUAAGUGGUACAGGAGGCUGCUUGGCAGGUUUGAAUAGUUUUACUCUACGUUUUCCUCAGCCAUGUUGCACAUCUGCCUCGUUCCCCUUCAUCAGAAUGCAUGUGCUCAUUGCCUUUUUCCCUCUCCCUUGCUCCUUGCACAGAAUUUUGUCUGAAUUAAAAUUUCAUUCACCAGGGCUGACCAUUACAAGGGAACUUUGUUCUGAUAAUGGUUCCUUCUUUUUUUCUUCUUUUUUUGGCUGUGCUUUGUGGCCUGUGGGAUCUUAGUUCCCCAACCAGGGAUUGAACUCGUACCCUCGGCAAUGAAGGCACCGUGUCCUAACCACUGGACCGCCAGUGAACUCCCGGAUAAUGGUUCCUUGAUGUGAAAACAAUAUUCAUUUAAAUAUCUACCCCCCCCCCAAGAAUAUAACUCAAAAAAAAAAAAGGAAAAUCAAGAUGAUUCAGUUCAGUUCAGUUGCUCAGUCACGUCCGACUCUUUGCAACCCCAUGGAGUAUGUAGCACGCAAAGCCUCCCUGUCCAUCUAAAUGCCAAUAAAACUGAAGCCUUGGGUCAGAAACAAGCACAGCAUAUUUGAUUCAAAUUAGCUUUUUGAUAUAUCACUUGACAAAUUAAGAUGUCCGCAAGCCUAGAAUUUCUGUUUUGGCAGAAUAUUGUACAUAGAGGUAUAAUUUAAACAAAGUAGUAUAUAUAGGCAAAUUAUUGGAGAAACAGGCUUACUGUUUAUGUGACUAAAAAGUAGUCCCAUCACCGUUUUCAGGUUAGAAGCGCCUGGCUGGACCACCUGAAAGCCUACAGGGUGGGGAGCCUGGUGGUUUGCUUUUCAGUUGGGAUUUUGGGUGCACAUCCUCCACUUCCCAUGGAGAAUUGCCACUGACAGUCCUUUGUCAGUUUAAGACAAUGAGGGUAAAACCAUUGUGUAGCUUUUCUUAAGCAGAAGUCCCUCCACUACUUUCUGGCUACUUGAAAGUUGGUGCCCAACUAUUCUGAGUCCAACUAGCACAGUUCUCCAGGGUUUUUAAAAGGGAAUUUUAAUUAUGAACAUGCUAGCUGAAACUGAUUUUAUUUCAUGUAUAAAACAGACUGGAACCAGCGUUUUUAAUUUAAAGGAAAUGUGGCAGAGAGCUAAGUAGCCAGGAUCUAUUUAUUACUUACGCUUUCAGUCUGUUUCUCACCCUUUUCUUAGUUUUUAUUCUUUUUUAUGGAAAAACAAAACAGUAUUAUCAAGGUGUCUACACUUGGAAUGGGGGACUUCGGAAAUGCAGCACAUCACUUUUGGAUUUGCUCUUUCAUAACUUUCCUUUGUUCUUCACAAUGUCAAAUGUGGUCGAGUUUAUACACAUCAUUAACCAGGCUGCACUGACAAGAUUUGACUUUGUCCCUGGUAUAAUUUGCAUUGAAAUACUUUAUGAAAUAAAAAGGUUCUACUAGAACUGAUGUUAGCACAUUCCACUGAGCAAAAACUAUCAAACUGACACUUCUUGAAUUGCUUACUGGACUGAACAAACUCUUCUGUCCAGUUAGAAGGGUUUUUCUCUUUGUUAAAGUUUUAUUUGUCCUGUCACAUUCGUGGUCUAAACUGGGUUGAAAGAAUUGAAAAUUGUUGGCAACAGCGCCUGGAGUGGAGGAUUACGUCUAAGCUUCCACCAUUGGUCGUGUUAAUCAAAGGGCCAGACAGUGGAGGAAAAGAAACCCACUGUUAUCUAAUUACUGUCAAAAUGAGUCGGAAGCAAAAACAAACAUAGCCUUUUAUAAAUACCACCUUUGGCUACUAAAUGAAAUACUGGACUCAUUUCCCUGAGAGGAAAUGGAGGUAUAUAUCAGAACUAUACUCUACUGUAAAAUUAGUACUAAUGGUCCCAUUUCACAAGCGCUCUGCUGGAUGUACAGCUCUUACUGUCUUAAGCCAUUUGUGUAGCCACCACGUUUCUUUGUGGUGCUUGUCCUGUGUGGAAGAGUGUAAAGCUCGGACCUGUUGCAUAUUUUCAAGGGCUUUAUAAAGCGACGUGAUUAACAGUACUUGGCCUGCUGCUUUUGGCUUGCUAUGUAUUUUUAGCUAGAUGCUCUCAUGGUGUUUAAAGGACAUGGAUUCUGUCUGGGUGCAUUUGGUAUCCUUUCAGAAUCUUUCCUCUCAUUACCCUGUGAAUAAAUAUGAAUGGGACCCUCUGAGGAGGACACGCUCCUAGGGCAAUCACCUCGCCAGCCCAGCAUUGUGGCUUUGUAGCACGCUCCAUUUCUACCACAUUCUAGAACACAGAUGCUAAGGCUGGCCCAGGAAAGAUCAAAUGUCAAAUUUGCUUCAACUGCAUUUGUUGCACCAUCGUGGAGUCUUGAUGUGUAUUAUUUAUAGUGGCAGGAGACUCCAAGGAAUAGAGAAAACUUGGGUCUUGGAUAAUGGACCAUUUCAUCCUCAGACUUGUAGGAGUACAUUUCUUGGUCUCGAGACCAGUAUUUUUUAGUUAUGUAUGCAACUGCCUUUAUUACACCUGGUUAUCAAUUCAAUUCUCAGGUGUUGCAGAAAAAUCUACCUCUUUCAGACUGUAGAUGGAAAUAACUGUGAAAAAAUGAUGCAGAUAUCUUCUAGUUUGUGCUAAACACACUGCUUUAUUUUUACAGCCCACGUCUUUCAUGAGGAUACGAAUUGUUUAAGAGGCAGUCUUGUUUUGCUUUUCAAAGACAUUUUGUAGAGAUUUUUCACUAAUGUGAAUCUGAUUUUAUCUACUCAAUUCUGUAUAGAUUAAGUAAAUAUGUAUGAUAAAUUUAA